AUGGCCCCCUCCAGCGUCGCAGGGAUGAAACAACUCUCCAAUGCCCUAGCCACUCCAGAUCAAUUAUCGAAUUCUUCCUCGUUUAUCGACGGCGUUUCUCCAAAUCUCGAGGCCUCUAUUCGUUUUGCAGGCGCCCAACUCACACAGGCAGCCGGAGUGCUGCUACGACUGUCGCAAGAUGUUAUAGCCCAGGCUAUUGUGACUUUUACGCGGUUCUGGAUAGGAUCUGAAGGAGGGAGUCUCCGGAUAUACUCUGUUAAGGACGUGUCUGCAGCCGCCCUCUACCUAACAGCGAAACUCUCCUUCCAGCCCACCUCCCCGCGCUCAGUUCUGAAUGUCUACGCUUUCCUCCUGUCCAAAGAUGCCUCUCCACUGUGGUUCAUAAACCCCCAGGGCGCGCCGGAGAAGCCCUCCCCUCAAUCCUACUACCUCUCCGAAGGAGGCUACCAAACCGAACGAACGGUCCUCUUACGCAUUGAAUCCAUUAUCCUACGCGCUCUCGGUUUUGAUACACACGUUGCACUACCGCACGCCAUCGCUCUCACAUAUUUGCAGACCCUGGGCGUGCAAUCACCGUCGGUCGCGCGACGGGUUUUCGAGCAUCUUAACAGCGCGCUUUUAUCGCCGCAACUACUCUACGUUACACACCAGCCGAAUGCGCUUGCCGUCGCUGCGAUAUAUUUGGCCUCCCGGGAGGAAGGGGUGAAACUUGUUGAUGAGGAGUGGUGGCAGGUAUUUGAUGUUGAUCGGGAAGAGCUUGGGUUUUUGGUGGUGGGGAUGAGGAGUAUGGAGGGAUUUGCGCGCGCGGAGAGGGAAAAGUGGAAGGGACGGACGGUUCCUAUGGUUGUUGAUGAGGUGGAGGCAGAGGUUGAGAGGGACAGGAUGAUGGAGGAGGGCGAGUGA